AUCUACUCUUAGACACACCUCGCAUCGCAGAUCACAAAAUUGCAGCUCGCUUUUGUGAUUGAAACCCAGGCUGUUCAACAUUAGACCGGGUCUGGCUCGUUGUGUUCUCUGGUCACCCUCUGCUGUGAUGCUCUGCACGACUGUAAAAUAAGAAUACAAAAAGAAAGCCGCGGGCAGGUGCUUUCAAGGACGAGACGACUGAUCCGACAGGAGUGGAAACCGAGCCUCCAGCUGGCUAAGCUUGUUCUGUGUGUAAUGCCAUUGUCAACAGUGGGGACACGACACAGAGACCCCCUCCAGCUGCUGAGCAGAUGUUAAUGAUAUCUACCGACACACAACAGAUGAAGGUUUUUUUUUGUUGUUUGUUUUUUAAAUGCUCGGAGUUAGCCGACGCGGUUUGAGUUUAAAAAGAAAGAAUGCCCGACUCUCAGGACGCACCUCCACGGCAGCCAGAAGAGUCAGAUGAAAACGAAGCCGGCUCGGACGAGUGUCCCGUGUGCUAUGAAAGUUAUCGAGAGGCAAAGAGGACGCUCGUUUGUGGGCACGUCUUUUGCCACGACUGCCUGGUAAAGACUCUGGUCAGCCUUAACCGACACGGGGAUAUCGUUCGGAAGAACAUCAUCUGCCCCAUAUGCCGGCACCUGACAUACAUCAAAAAGAAGAAAUCAAUUCCUCUCAUAGUCACGAGCAACAAAAACAGACAGACAUUGGAGGUUCCCAUGUCCCCCGUGAGUCCAGUAGCUUUGAACGCGUCUUAUGAGUUUAAUUCCUUAGACUCAUUAGAAGAAGUAGGAAGUCCAGCCCCGGCCAGAACAACAAGAGGUAGACAAAUCCAGGACUUUAUAUUUAGAAGGACUGGUUCUAGUGAUCCAGACCUUACUACUGGUACUGCCCCGACGAGCCCAACUAGUCCCUCACAGAUUUUUACCAUCAGUGGCCAUGGCAGACCGAUGUCCGAAGAGGACACGGUCAGCAUUAGGCCAGCUACGACUAGAAAUGGCAAUCGUCAAGCGCGCUGUUGCAGGUUACAGUGGGUAAUAAUGUUUUUAACUGUGGUCGUCAUCGUGGCGAUUGUGGCUGCUAUACUGCCUUGGAUUCUGAAAUAGACACGUAUAGAUACUUUACACAUUGGCUGCCUAUACUCAUCGUGAAUGUGAACUUUAAAAUGUGUCUUUAACAAACAAACAAAAAAGUGAAGUGUGUACUGUGCAUCAUGGAUGUUGGACGCACUUCAUUGAGUGGGCAUUUUGGAGACCAUAUUCAUGUUGAAUUCGUCACAGAUUUACUUGAAUUGAAUUUAAUACAGCAGUUAUACAUGUUGACUGCUGUAGAACUGCUGAAUAAUGAUUUAUAAACCCGCAGCCUCGGGGACUGGCCAAGUCUCCUGAAUGGAAGUGUUUUUGUUUCUUGUUUAAAUGGGAAAUCAAUCUAAAAAUAAUAUAUGUUUUUAAGAAAGGGUAUGUUUGUAUAUCGAAGGGGGAAACAAAUGCACUUAUUAAUGUAAAACGAGCCUGAUCACCCUCAGUUUUAGGAAGGAACAGUACCGUUUGAAAGAUUGUAUUCCUCUUUAGAAACUGCGAAUUGCAAUUGCGAAUAGUAAGACUACGUCAAUUGCGGAUAUUUUCAUAUGUUUUAUAAGGGUUGGAAUGAAACACUGGCCCGAUUCAGAUCGGGACUAUCUUUCUACAGCACUAUCCCUUAUAAAUAUUCCCCAUAGUAAAAGCAUAGCAAAAUGUAAUAAAGCAUAGUGAAAGCGUUGUAAAGAAUAUCCAGGUAUGGCAAACCAGGGUAAACUAUAAUAAAUGCAUAGCAUAACCAUGGGCAAAAACAAAGAACAGAUAGCUGGAUUGGAAGUCCUGCCAUUGCCCACUCCUGUCCUAACCGCUAAUGUUAUAAUGAAACCAGUCCUUUCCUUUCCCAUACUGUACAGAUUAUAUAUAUAUACACGUGAUGCCAAAUUCUGUGUGUGUUCAGUUACCCUUUGUUUUAUUGAAUUGUAGGUAUAUCGUAAGUAAAAAUAGGUUUUAUGUAUAGUACAGAGUAUUGUA